UUUGUAACCCCCCCCACCUAAGCUAUGUAUACUAUGUAUAAUCAAAAAUCCAAAUCCAUAAUCCAACGGCAACAAACCGCAUACUUGUCAAGUGUUGUAGUGGUUGUUCAUUAUUCACUUUAAAUAUAUUUAGAAAUGCUUUUUGAAGCUCACAGUAUUAAUGCGGAACAUAAAGAUUUAAUACAUGAUGUCGCUUACGACUUUUAUGGCCAACGGAUGGCAACGUGCUCAAGUGAUCAAUUUGUUAAGGUAUGGGACCAAGAUGAACGUGAAACAUGGAACUUGACUGCGACUUGGAAAGCACACAGUGGCUCAGUGUGGAAAGUGACUUGGGCACAUCCCGAGUUUGGACAAGUACUUGCUACUUGCUCGUUUGACAGAACAGCAGCCGUAUGGGAAGAGAUAGUUGGCGAAGGCACAGGUGUUGGCGAGCGGGGAAUGAGACAUUGGGUGCGGCGCACCAAUCUGGUGGACUCUCGUACAUCGGUGACGGACGUCAAAUUCGGGCCGAAAGCUCUCGGCCUGCUGCUGGCCACCUGCUCGGCUGAUGGCGUCAUCCGCAUAUAUGAGGCGCCCGAUGUCAUGAACCUCAGCCAAUGGACUCUGCAGCACGAACUCUCCUCCAAACUAUCGUUGAGCUGCCUCACUUGGAAUCCAUCGUUUUCUAGGCAACAUCCCCCAAUGCUGGCUGUCGGAAGCGAUGAGUCAAACCAGUCUCUCGGCAGCAAAGUGCUCAUUUACGAAUACAAUGAGAACUCGCGACGAUGGGCGAAAACCGACUCAGUGCCGGGCGUGACGGAUGCUGUUCACGACAUAUCGUUUGCUCCGAACCUGGGUCGCAGCUUCCACAUGCUGGCCAUCGCCACCAAAGAUGUUCGCAUCCUCACUAUCAAACCUAGACAGGACGUGGUUUUGCAGAACGGCCAGCCACGAUUUGACAUCCAAACAGUAGCCCAGUUCGAAGACCACUACUGCACAGUGUGGCGAGUCUCAUGGAAUGUCACUGGCACAAUUCUUGCUUCUUCGGGAGAUGAUGGCUGUGUAAGACUGUGGAAGUGUAAGUAUAUGAACAGUUGGAAGUGUGUGUCGGUGUUGAAAGGCGAUGGCAGCCAGGCGAGUGCUGCACCCACGGCGGCUGCACCGGCGGUCACCUCAUCCGCUCCAUCCAGGUAUUUUAAGCUGGGCAACAUCACCCAUCCAAGUCAAGUCCCUUGGCACUGACCAUAUCCAUGCAUAUGUCAAAACCUUUUGGAUUCACGUUACAUCAUCUUCACACAACUGUUCUAGGGCAAAUUACCCACUUGUAAAAGUAUUUGAAAAUCGAAGGACUUUCUCAUUGGACAUAUUUCACACUCACGUUACCGAUUACAAGUCAAUAUUUUGAUAUCUCAUCAAAGUAGUAGUAGCAGCUAGAUUGAGACUGAUAAUUCACGUUGGCCUUCAUCUUUUCAAGAAGCUCAGAGUUUCCAGUAUAUUACAAAACUAUAUAAGAGGGUUCCUGAUGUGUUGAAAGGACUUGUUAAGGUGCGUACAGAUUUGAAUGCCAGGAACAUGCGCAUUUCACUUUUUAUCAGCUGAUGCUACACUUAUUUUAAAUAUGUACAUGUACAUAUCUGAUGUGUACCUUACUGUUUAUGAACAAAUACAGAUAUAAUCAGCUGAUGAAAAUUGAAAUGCGUCUGUUCGUGGCGCUCAAGUCUGUACACAGCUUUAGAACUUGAGUUCAUUUUUUCAAUGGACUAGAAGUGUUGAAAUAAUGAUUCUGUUGGAAACGGUAGCUUAGAUGAAAAGAAGUGAAUGUCGACAUCCACAGAAUCUUAUUUGCCAAUUCAUAAGUUAUUAGUACUAAGACCGAUUCAUAUUUUUUCUUAUCUAGUACUACCUUUUCUCAAUCAUGUUUCAAGAACCUCCUUACUUAAGUAAAUUGGGUUCUUAUAUGAAACGACUGUUAAAGUUUUUUCUUUCCCACUCCUGUUACAGUCGUAUCAGGUAUUAUACUAAGUAGCCUACGUCUUCCAUUGGAUGAAAAUAGAGCCAAAUAUUUACAUAUCGAUUUUUUUAAAAUUUGUUUCUCAAUCUGGAAUCCUUGUCUGAUAGUACUAAUGAUAUAACUUUAAUUUUUGAUAAUCUGUUAUAUAAUACAUAUUAUAUUCUUCAGAGCUUUCAAAGAAUUUCGUCAAUUGAAAAUGUUUUAAUCUCAUCAACGAAUCAAUAUAGAAUAUUAUAGUAAAUAUUUUAGAUUUCAAGAGCUAACUUUAGCAACAAUUGAACAGAAUAAUUGCAUUAUUACCUGAUUUACAGUAAAAUGUUAUUGUAUUAUUUGUAUAGUUUUCAUUACUAUUUGCUAUUUUCGACAUAUUACUGUUUCAAACUGAGCUGUAGCUUUUAUAAGUAUCAAUGAUUUCAUCUACGAUGAUUUCAGAGAUUGACUUAUUAAUAAUUAUGCAAUACUUCACAGCUUUGUUUGUUGGUCGAUAUUUAUAUUGAUCCUAUUCAAAAGAUUACAUUUCCAACCUUACCUUCCAUAGUCGUGUAGCAUCAAUAUCUUGUCAUAUCUUGAUUCAUCUUUAAAAUCUGAAAAGUUAUCUUAUUGUUUGCUAUUUAUUAUCAAUAUGAAAUUGAAAAAUCUUUCACUGAAUUUUCUCCCGAUGUAUUAAUCAGAAUGUAAGAUUAUUCUUUCGUUUGAUUUGCCACUACACUGCCAAUACACAUUAUGUAGAUUUGUAGACCUGAUAAUGAACAUAUCGAGUACAUUAUUAUUGUUCAUUAUCUGUAUCAUCAAUUACAAAAGAACUUAUUUUCAUACACGUCUUUAGAGAGACCACUAUUGUUUUUCGGGCCAUUAGUAGAUUUUGCAUGAUUUUUCAUUUUAUAGUUUGUAUUUUGAAUGUUGAAGUAGGUGAGUGUUAUGGAAGGUACUAAUAUCUCUGUAGAUAACUAAAUGGUAGACAUUUAUAAUAAUUUUAACAAAUCUUUAGCAUAAUAACUAUUAUGUCAUUUUUUUCCGUAGAAGAAUCGCAGGUGUUUAAUGAACUUCAAUUUUCACUAAUGCUAUCUUUGAAGUCAAUUAAAUUUUUAGAAACCUUCUAAAUUAUCAAGAUUACUCCCUUAAAGAUCAAACCUUCGAAUGGAAAAUUUGUAUAGCUUUGUUCAAUAAUGAUAUAUUUCCUUGGAAAUCUUUAUUUGAAUACUUGCAGUCAUUCCUUUUAUUAACAUCAUAAUUUUUAUCGGCAUUCUUCUUAUUUCUGAAUACUUUUGAAAACGCUGUGUUAUUAUUCAUACCAUUCUCCUAUUUAUAGCACUCAAACUCAUCAUCUAAAUAUCAUCUAAUGUAAUAUAAAUAAUUAAAUUAAUAUAAAUUUCAAUUCACUUGUUCGAAAUAAAAUUUAUCAAAAGCUGUUGAUCCUUAGGAUGUACCUAACCUAUCCAAGGUUAGAAAGCUGUUGUUUAGCCAGGUACCAUUAUCACCAUUAAAAAGUGACAUAGAGCUCUCAAUUUAAUUUUAGCUUAUUUUAUUGCGGUAUUUAUUAUUUACAAAACAAAACUGAUGUUCAAAAAGUAGUUAUUCUAUCCAUUGGUCACUUUAAAGAAUGCCGAAACCUUUAGGCCUAUUAAAAGUAUUUAUAUUUCAUGCAGUAUAAUAAUGUUUGAAUUAUAAUUAAUCAUCUACUGAUUCUGAUCAUUAUUUUUUCAAUUUAUUAGCUUUUAAGCUAAGUAUUUUAAAACAUUCUGCUUGUCAUUUUGUUUACAUGAAUGUAUGUUUAUAGAAUUAAAUUUAUCAUGCAUUUUGUAA